AUCUGUGGUUCAUUCACCGUUGUCAGAUAACUCGUUGUUAGUCAUUGUUAUUUUCUCGCAAAAUUUUCCUUAUUUUCAAUUAUUCAAUGAUGGAGAUGUUGUAGCUAUAUCAAAAUUAUAUUUUAAUUCUUUAGUUAGUAAAUUAAUGAACAGUGUUCUGUAAUAGUUCUCGGCCAUGUCAGACAGAAAACCAGGUGCCAUUCCUAGUAGAUGGUUAAAAUGUCCACGGAAAGCCACGGGUCUGUUUGCAGACCAGUUCCUAGCGUUCAAAGCACCUCUAGAUUCACGCUACAAUGAUCAGGUUCAAGAUAUAUAUCGUUUUACGCCUACUAUGUUGUUUGAUAGUGUAAAAAGUUUUAAGAGAAAGCUCGGCUUAUGGAUCGACCUGACAUACACGUCUCGGUUCUAUGACAAAGCAGAAAUAGAGAAGAGAGAUUGUAAAUAUGUUAAAGUGCAAUGUCGUGGUCACGGCGAAACACCAUCCCUGGAACAAACACAAAAAUUUAUAAAAGUAGUAAGUAGUUUUAUAAAUAAGAAGCCUGAUGAAAUAAUUGGUGUGCACUGUACACACGGAUUUAACAGGACAGGAUUUCUCAUAGUUUCUUACAUGAUUGAACAACUGGAUUUCAGUUUGGAGGCUGCUCUCUUAGAAUUUGCUAAGAAGAGAGUACCAGGGAUUUACAAACAGGACUAUAUAGAGGAAUUGUACAGACGCUAUGAUGAUGUUAAAGAUAUGAUAUCUGCUCCCGAGAUGCCAGAAUGGUGUAAUGAAGAAGAAGAAGUUGACUAUGACGAUGGUGAUGCGCCAAGCUUUUCACAGAGUGCACCUGCUCAGAAAUCAAACGGCCACAGCAGAAAAGAACGGCGUAUAAAGAACAAGGAAUUUAUGCCUGGUGUAAGAGGUGUGCAGCUUUUCGAAAUCGAACCCCGAGCUAGUGAAGUCCAAAAAAAGGCUCGCGAAUUUUGCAAAUGGUCUGGUAAGAAUUUCCCUGGAUCCCAGCCCGUUUCCAUGGAUUUGCAAAACAUAUCAUACCUGAACGUAAAGCCGUAUAGAGUGUCUUGGAAAGCGGAUGGCGUUAGAUAUAUGAUGUUAAUUGACGGCAAGGACGAAGUGUAUAUGAUAGACAGAGAUAACUGUGUCUUCAAGGUGCCCAACCUAAGGUUCCUGCACAACAAAGAAGGCCGCCAUCUCACCGAUACUCUGCUUGACGGUGAAUUGGUGAUAGACAAAGUGGAUGGUGUUGAGAAGCCCCGGUACUUAUGCUAUGAUAUCAUCCGGUUCGACAACAUCAACGUUGGCAAAGAACCGUUCCACCCCGUCAGAUUGGGGUGCAUAGAUAGAGAAAUUAUUCAACCUAGGAAUAGAGCAAUAACAGACGGUAGGAUAUCGAAAGAAAAGGAACCUUUUGGAGUGAUACUGAAAGGUUUCUGGGACGUGACAAUGGCGGGACCGCUGCUUGAGGAGAAGUUUGCGAGAACGUUGCACCACGACCCAGAUGGACUUAUAUUUCAACCUUCCAAGGAGCCGUAUAUUCCCGGGCCGAACCCCGAUGUGCUGAAGUGGAAGCCCAGCCACAUGAACAGUGUGGACUUUAAGCUGGUAAUCACCGUGGACAACAGAAAAGGGAUGGUGAAGAAGAAGAUCGGCCAGCUAUACGUGGGCGGUAACACAUUGUUCGACACCAUGCGGAUCACGCGGGCAGUGAAGGACCUCCACAACAAGAUCGUGGAGUGCAAGUUCGAAAACAACGAGUGGGUUUUCAUGCGCGAGCGCACCGACAAGUCCUUCCCCAACAGCUUCGAGACUGCCAUAGCGGUUGUCGAGAGCAUAAAGAACCCCGUGAAGACGGAGUAUCUAUUGGACUACAUAAACAACAAAAGAUACAUAGACGAUUCGGACAGAAUGCCACCACCCUCGAAACGUGCACGCAGAGAAGACGGCAGUCAAAUAGCAUGGCACUAAUAUGUACGUAAUGACCAGCGAUCGGAAUGGGUAGUGCAGUUUUGGGGUCAAUGACCGCAAACAUUAUACUAAUAUAUAUAAUAGCAAAGGAGCUAGUAUAAAUGCGAAAGUUAGGAUGGAUGUUUGUAACUCAAUCACGCCAAAACGGCUGUACAAAUCUGGAUCUGCACAUAGUCUGCUUUAUAUCUCGGGAUAAUUAACGGUUCUCGUGGCAUAGAUUUGUUUUUGUUUCUCGCUGAGCAAGGCAACUGUUAUUGAUAUAAUAAAAUGAAUUUUAGCUUACAAUUUAAA